AUGCAGCAGCCACUUGAUCAAGGCGGUGUGAACCUCUGCAAUCGACGCUGGCAUCUUCACCUGCACUCGAACUCAUUCAUCGGCUCCGACAUGACUUUGUGGCUGCUUGACAACUUCGAGGACUUUGAAACAAGACUGGAAGUGGAGGCUUUUGGAAACAAGCUCAUGGCUCAUGACGACGGCAAGCAUAAAGAGAAGGACAAGAGCAAGAAGGGCGGCGACGGCAAGGAAGGCCGGCCACGUGGGUUGUUUGUCCAUGCCGAAAAACGCCAUGAGUUCCGGGACAACAACUACUACUACCAGAUAUCGAACGAUUACGCAAAGUCACAGCUAGGUUGGUUUGGGUCUAAACGGCGGGAGCCAUCGGUGCCACCGACCCCGAUGAACGAGAACUCGCCACGUCUGGCACUGCCACGUCCACAAACCGGCAACGACAACGAUCCCGGGGCAUCGAACUCCACGACCCCGACCAUCACGGGCUUUCGGAAUCGCAACAAUAAGCGCCCACGCGUGUAUCUGAGUAAAAGAAUCGAUCUCCACUACAAUCGCCUCCACAACCCCGACGACUGCUAUCACACCCUCAUCGACUGGAUGAACACCACGUCGAAGCUUGUCGAGAACGUUGUGGAGACUAAUCCCUUCCGGAGGCCUGUCCCGGUCAAGCUCGCUGUGCGUCCUUCUGACAAGCAGCCGGACGACGUGUACCAGGAUCCAAACUCCAGUGGCCCGCAGACGACGCAGCGGAAGUACUUCUACCAGACUGCAAUUCUGGGGAAGUUCGACUUUGUACUGGACAUGGAGGCCGCGUCGAACUUCGCCGCGGACGUGGACGUGAAGUUCUCGUGGGGCAAGCCUGACUACCGGUACACCCAGUACAUCCACCGCUCAGGCCGUCUGAUCACGCAGAUCACGGAUGAGAACCAGUUCAACUCCGACCAGGAUCGCGGCGGCGGCGACGGCAGCAGUCGAAUGGUAUCAUCCAUGUCUUCCUACAGCGCCAUCAACCUUCCGGAGCCGACGCCCAUCUCUUCACCGUUGGUCAAGCCCGCGUUCCACCACUACUCCCCCGCUCUGAAGCCCAGCGAGCCGGAGCAACUCAUGGCCGAGCUCGAGGACUUCUGCAGCAUUAGGGCCGGGCUCGAGACCUUCCAAAAGGAUACGAUGGAAAGGGGCGAGAUUGUGCCCGGCACGCCUGCUUUGUUGGUGGCCAGCGGGCUGGAGGCCCUGCCGGAGGCGAGCAUCCCGACGCUUGGCCUGCGGCCAGGUGUGCUGGGCAGAGAGGGCCACGGGGUCCGAACAUCCGGAUGGGGAGCCUGA